AUGGGUGGUUUAUUUAGUAGUGAUAAUCGAUCAUCGAAUAAUGAAGGCACUGUAACCCACCCUAACCUACCUGUAACUUACCCUAGAGAACCAAGACCACAAGUUUGGCCCGAGUACAAUUCACCCGAAUAUCUUAAAAGAGUAUAUCUAGCCGGAGUACAACCGAGAAAUGUGUCUAAUAUUAGGAGAAACCAAACAGCACCACCAAAGCCACCAAAUAUUAAAAUUGUGCAAUAUAAUCCAUCAUUAAUAGAAGACUUGCACCUGUCGCUAACCGACAUGGACUUUAGAUAUUCUAAUAGAAAUAUCUACGAGCUUGAACAAUGGGACCCGAAAUAUUUUGAAAUAAAAUCUCAAAUCGAGAAUGUCAAACAUCAUAGGAAUUGCGUGUUGCAAUUUUCUUGGCUCGAAUUGCAUCGUGUAUACAAGGUGAACAAUCCCUAUUUGAAGAUGCUGUACGAGUUGAAGAAAAAGGAACAAUUGCGGACGAUGAAGAACACCCGGGAAUUGAAUCUGUAUCAUGGGACGGCGAGGAAGAACGUCGAUUCAAUUUGCGAAAAGAACUUUGAUUACAGAUUGUGCAAACGCGGACGAUUCGGUAAAGGCGUUUCCUUCUCGAAGCAAAUAACGUAUUCAUUGAGUUACUGCAAGCAAAAGGACGAUCUCAAGUGUAUAAUUUUGUGCAAAGUUUUAUUCUCCAAAGCCAACGUCGGCGACGGUAACACCAUCUACCCUGAUUAUAAUUGUGAUACGACAAUCAGAGAUAAUGGCGCUGUCACUGUGAAGUAUGAUGAUGAUGUAUUCUAUCCUGAAUAUAUCAUCUUAUUUAAAACUUACAAAUGA